AUGGACGGUCCCGCGCCCAAGUUGGACUUGGGCUCCAAGCGGGCCUUGGGCGCGACGGGUUUCGACGAAGAUCCUCGUGGCGACUCUGCACGGCGCCGGACAGGUUUCUCAGAUGGCACAGAGGCCAAGCCAUCGAACUUCUCCUCGGGACCGCUGCCUCAGGCGUCAGGCUUCUCGGACCGAGCCCCCGGCUUCGCGUUUCCGGGUGGCCUGCCUCCUGCGCAGGCGGCCUUGCCUGGAACGGUCGGCGCGGCGUCCGUCGCCGCGGCGCCUCUGUACCCGAACGGAGAAGUCCCCGAAGGCAUCAAUCCGUACACCGGGGCGCCGUAUUCGCAGCGGUACUACAAGAUUCUCGAAGGGCGCAAGAAGUUGCCUUCCUGGAACGCGAAGAAAAACUUCUUGAAGCUCGUCAAACGGAACCGAACGGUCAUUCUGGUCGGAGAAACGGGAAGUGGAAAAACGACGCAGAUGACGCAGUUCCUCAUCGAAGCUGGCCUGCACCAAGGCAAGUGCGUCGCCUGCACGCAACCCAGACGAGUUGCCGCCAUGAGUGUCGCCCAACGUGUUGCAGACGAAAUGGACGUCGAACUCGGAAAGGAGGUUGGCUACACGAUUCGAUUCGAAGACAAGAGUUCUCCGAUGACGAUUCUGAAGUACAUGACGGACGGCAUGUUGCUGCGCGAAGCCAUGGCGGAUCCGCUGCUGGAGCGUUACAGCGUGGUGGUGCUGGACGAGGCACACGAACGCACCUUGGCCACAGACGUCCUCUUCGGCUUGCUCAAGGAAGUAUGCAAGAACCGGCCGACGCUGAAGAUGGUGGUGAUGAGUGCGACGCUGGACGCGCGCAAGUUCCAGCAGUACUUUGACGACGCGCCGAUUCUGAAUGUGCCGGGCCGCAUGCACCCUGUCGAGAUCUUCUACACUCCGCAGCCCGAGAAGGACUACCUGGAGGCCUGCAUUCGCACUGCGAUUCAGAUCCACAUCUCCGAGCCGCCCGGGGACAUGCUCAUCUUUCUCACGGGUGAGGAGGAGAUCGAGCAGACGAAGCGGGAGCUGGAGAAGCUCGCGCAGAGACACUCCGAGUGCGGCGAGCUUAUGGUCGUCCCGCUCUACUCCUCGUUGCCGCCCGCAAUGCAGCAGCGAAUCUUCGAGCCUGCGCCAGGCCCGAAGUACGAGGGCGGGAAACCUGGGAGAAAGUGCGUGGUCAGCACAAAUAUCGCCGAAACGUCCAUCACCAUAGACGGUAUCGUCUACGUCAUCGACCCUGGGUUCUCCAAGCAGAAAGUGUACAACCCGCGAGCGCGCGUCGAGUCGCUUCUCGUCUCGCCCAUCUCGAAGGCCAGCGCCCAGCAACGCGCCGGAAGAGCCGGAAGAACUCGCCCUGGAAAGUGCUUUCGACUGUACACUGAGAAGGCCUUUGAGCAAGAACUCGUCGACCAAACCUACCCCGAGAUUCUCCGCAGCAACUUGGGAAGUGUCGUCAUCACUCUGAAGAAACUCGGGAUCGACGACCUCGUGCAUUUCGACUUCAUGGACCCACCUGCUCCGGAAACCCUCAUGCGUGCUCUCGAACAGCUGAACUACCUGGGAGCGCUCGACGACGAGGGGGAGCUCUCUCCGGAGGGCGAGUCGAUGGCGGAGUUUCCUCUCGACCCGCAGCUAGCGAAGGCGCUGGUGGACAGCGCGAAGUUUGAGUGCAGCAAGGAGAUGCUGUCGAUUGCGGCCAUGCUUUCGGUGCCGCUGACGUUUUUGCGGCCGAAGGAGCGGAGUCGCGAGGCGGACGCUGCCAAGGCGCGCUUCUCCCACCUGGACGGGGACCACCUGACCCUGUUGAACGUGUUUCACGCAUACGUCCAGCACGGAGGCGGGAGCCCCGAGUCGGAGCGGCAGUUCUGCUUCGACAACUUCUUGAAUCCGCGGUCUCUGGCGUCUGCGAAGAACGUCCGGACGCAGCUUCAGCGCACCAUGGAGCGGCUCUCGAUUCCGCUGAACAGCACGCCGUACACGAGCAAGGAGUACUACUCGAAUAUCCGAAAGGCACUUGUCGCUGGGUACUUUAUGCAGGUUGCGCACCUGCAGCGGUCGGGCCACUACUUGACCGUGAAAGACAACCAAACCGUUGCGCUGCACCCGUCCACGGUCCUCGACCACAAACCGGAGUGGGUGAUCUACCACGAGUACGUCCUCACCAGCAAAAACUUUAUUCGCACCAUCACUCAAGUUCGCGGCGACUGGCUCCUCGAACAGGCCCCGCACUUCUACAACCCCGACGACUUUCCCGAGUGCGACGCGAAGAAAGUCCUCAAAAAAAUGAUUGAACGCCAGAAGAAGGAAAAGGAGGCGAAAGCCACCAACGGAAACGCCGCGAACGAGUCGAAAGCCCCAGGUGUUCCCGCCUCAGUCUGA